UGCUUAUAUAUAUACCCUAAAUAUACUAUGCAAGUCACACCUUAAUUUGUACUCUACAAUCACAAAUUCACUCACACACUCACUCUCACUAUCCCCUACUUUCUCUGACACACCUUCUCUUUCUAUACCCUCAUCUUAAUCUUAAUCUCUCAAACAAACCAGUACAAGUACUACUACUACUACAGUCUAUAGUCAUCAAAUUUUUGCAGAGAAUGAGUCACACAAAUCACUUCCUACUUCAACUUAACUAACUAACCAACCGUUUUCUUUCAACCUUCACUAAAAAAAACCACAAAAAAAAAAAAAAACCAAAAAUGAUAACACUAAAAGAUCUAUACACUGUCUUAACAGCAGUUGUUCCAUUAUAUGUUGCUAUGAUCUUAGCCUACGGUUCUGUCCGUUGGUGGAAGAUUUUUUCGCCCGAUCAAUGUUCCGGUAUAAACCGAUUUGUCGCGGUUUUCGCCGUCCCUCUUCUUUCUUUUCACUUUAUCUCAACCAACAAUCCAUACCAAAUGAACUUCAGAUUCAUAGCAGCAGACACACUUCAGAAAAUCAUCAUGCUAAUCGCGCUUUCGCUAUGGACAAUGUUCACUAAAAAUGGUAAUUUAGAAUGGAUGAUAACAAUUUUCUCAUUAUCAACACUUCCAAAUACUUUGGUUAUGGGAAUUCCUUUGUUAAUUGCUAUGUAUGGUGAUUACUCUGGAAGUUUAAUGGUUCAAGUUGUGGUUCUUCAGUGUAUCAUUUGGUACACACUUUUACUCUUUCUUUUUGAGUAUCGUGGUGCUAAGCUUUUAAUCAUGGAACAGUUUCCGGAAACUGCAGCUUCGAUUGUUUCGUUUAAAGUUGAUUCGGAUGUUAUGUCGUUAGACGGAAGGGAUUUUCUUGAGACUGAUGCAUCUGUUGGUGAUGAUGGGAAGUUACAUGUUACCGUUAGGAAAUCUAACGCGUCGCGGAGGUCAUUCAUGAUGAAUACUCCACGACCGUCAAAUUUGACUGGAGCUGAGAUUUACAGUCUCAGCUCCACGCCAAGAGGGUCAAAUUUUAACCAUCAGGAGUUUUACUCCAUGAUGGGCUAUCAACCAAGGCAUUCCAAUUUUGGUACUAAUGAUUUGUAUUCAGUUCAGUCUUCGUCUCGAGGACCGACUCCUAGACCGUCAAAUUUCGAAGAACAAGGUGGAAGUUCUCCUAGAUUUGGGUUUUAUCCGGCACAAACUGCGCCUGCUUCGUAUCCGGUGCCUAAUCCGGAAUUCUCCUCUACUACUAAAACUGUGAAAAGUCAGAGCCAAAAUUUGGUGCAGCCACAGCAACAAGUUUCAUUGCAGACAAAGGGCUCUCAGGAUGCUAAGGAAUUGCAUAUGUUUGUGUGGAGCUCAAGUGCUUCGCCGGUUUCGGAAAGUGCUGGUCUCAAUGCAUUCCGAAAUUCGGAACAAUCGGAGGAGGGUGCUAAAGAGAUCAGGAUGGUGGUUCCUGAUGAACAUAAUCAAAAUGGUGAAACCAAUAACAAAGGUGGUCAAGAAGGUGAACUUGGUGGGGAAGAGAAUUUCAAGUUCAAUGGAGUUAAGGGAGGAGAACAAGUCGGAGAAGGGCCCAAUGGGCCUAAUAAGUUGGACUCGAAUUCAACGGCAGAGAUUCACCCUAAAGCUACCGGAGUUGCUGAUUCCGGUGUCGGAAAACUUAUGCCUCCGGCGAGCGUCAUGACCCGACUCAUACUUAUUAUGGUUUGGAGGAAGCUUAUCCGUAAUCCCAACACUUAUUCAAGUCUCAUUGGUCUCAUAUGGUCCCUUGUUUCCUUUAGGUGGGAUGUUCAUAUGCCAAAAAUAAUAGAGAAAUCAAUUUCCAUACUGUCUGAUGCUGGUCUUGGAAUGGCUAUGUUCAGCUUAGGUUUGUUCAUGGCCCUUCAACCCAAGAUAAUUGCAUGUGGGAAUUCUAUUGCUUCAUUUGCAAUGGCCAUUAGAUUUCUUACUGGUCCAGCUGUUAUGGCAGCUGCUUCUAUCGCCGUUGGCCUCCGUGGCACUCUCCUACAUGUUGCCAUUGUUCAGGCUGCACUUCCACAAGGGAUUGUUCCAUUUGUGUUUGCAAAAGAGUACAAUGUCCAUCCAGCCAUUCUUAGUACAGCGGUUAUUUUUGGAAUGUUGAUAGCCCUUCCAAUUACUCUUCUCUACUACAUUCUCCUUGGUUUGUAAAAUACAUAUUCUACUUUGGAAGAUAUUAAACAUGCAUGGAAAUCACAAGGAGGAGAUUUUUUAGAUUGGAGAAGGAUCAAGUAUCACUACUAACUAGUUAUUUCACCAACAAAUAUUGUCAUUCCAAGUUUCCACAUAUUUGGGAAUUUGAGAAAAAUUUGAUACAUUGAAAUGUCCCCCUACUAGAAAUUCAAAGAUGAUGUAACUUUCAAUUCAAGGAACUCAAAAGAGAGAAUGUAACAUUGUAUGGGAGACAUAACAGAGGAAAACAGGGGAAAGCUAGAAUAAGCUAAGUCAAAUUAUAUCUAGAAAUGGUUCCCUUUCUAUCAACCAUUUGUAUACUUUUUAAGAAAAAUCAGUUUGGGUAGUAAUGUUCAAAAGUUUGUGUAGUAGUAUUAGUAAUUGUGUAGAGGAAAAAAAAUUGGAAAUGACAAUGAAGCCUUUUUUUUUUUACAUAAUUAAAAGAGGAAAAAAGUUUGUGUA